ACCCUAAGAGAAAAAAAGGCGGCUUAGUCAUACAGCCCACACAAGUGCGCAACUUUGAGAUUUACGAAAUUCGUCCUCUUAUCCUAAUUCAAUCAAUCAACCACGAAAAUACUAACACAACAGCAGUCCACCUAAGUUCUCACCACACAACAACCGUCAUCAUGAGAACUUACGACGACACCUUCUCUGGCCAGAGAAUCUACCCUGGCAAGGGUAAGCUCUACGUUCGAGGCGACAGCAAAAUCUUCCGAUUCCAGAACGGCAAGUCCGAGUCGCUCUUCCUUCAGCGAAAGAACCCCCGCCGAAUCUCAUGGACUGUUCUCUUCCGAAGACAACACCGCAAGGGUAUCUCUGAGGAAGUCGCCAAGAAGCGUACGCGCCGCACCGUCAAGUCCCAGCGAGCCAUCGUCGGUGCUUCUCUCGAUGUGAUCAAGGAGAAGCGAACGAUGCGACCGGAGGCCCGCUCCGCCGCCCGCGCCCAGGCCAUCAAGGAGUCCAAGGAGAAGAAGGCCGCCGCCGCCGCCGCCAAGAAGUCCGAGAAGGCCAAGACCGCCGCCGCCUCCAAGGGCCAGACCCAGCGCAUCGUCGGAAAGCAAGGCGCGAAGGGUGCCCAGCAGAAAGUCCAGGCCAAGACCCGUUAAAGACACGUGCCUGUGAUUUUUUUGUUCUGGGGAAGAGCAAGCGGGAAGGACUGGUACGGACGAACUUUAGAGAGGACAUGGCUUCGAAUGGGGGAGAUAUAGUGCAUAAUUCACUAGUGUUGCCUCUCGCGUCUGGCGGCGUCUUCGGUGGGAUAUUUCCUCGAUUACGAAUAAAAAGAAACCUCACACACACACUCACAUAUGCAAUUACAUCUGUUCGGUUGGGGGGAAUGCAUGGAAUGUCUCAUGGUCAUGGGAAUUCUAACCUGGUAGCUUCAUAAUACCAGUUCGUUCUACGGUCUGACAUUGUGUCUCGUGCGAUUGUUUUACGGGAUUCCGUUAUGCCUUGUCUGCCUUCACGACUCAUCCCCCGAGUUGCCUCCUCAUGUCAGGUCGCUAUACUUAAGUCAAUAUAGACUUGACAUCAGUGACAACGCGGCUAAAAGGGUAAACGUUGUGGGCGCUACGAACAAUUACGCUGAUGAAAUAGGUACCACGUCUACGAUGCUAGGGU